CUAUUAAAAUCAAAUCAACAUGUGUAACAUGAUAUCUAUGUUUUUGCUAAAUUUGCUUUAAAUUUGUCUACUACUUGGAGUGAGUGAACACGCAAAACAAUCCAAAAGAAGAAAGAAAAAAAAAAAACAGAAUGGUGAAAACAGAAGGAAAGAUAACAGAUUUGGAAUCAGUGAAGAGGUAUUUGGAGAAAGAAGAAACAUCAAAUUCAAAGCAAGAUGACGAAUUUCCCAAAGAGUUUAUAGAACCUCUAGUCUUCCAUGACCUACGCCUCGAUCUCAUACAACCUGGCCGCGUCGUCUUCUCAAUGAAGAUACCGCCACGAUUACUUAAUUCAGCUAAAUACUUGCACGGUGGUGCCAUCGCUACUUUGGUAGAUGUCGUAGGCGCAGCCGCAGUUCCCGCCGCGGGUUUUCCGUGGGAUUCCGGUGUUUCUCUCGAGAUCAACGUCUCAUGCUUGGAUGCUGCAUAUGUUCAUGAGGAGAUCGAGAUUGAUGCUAGAGUUUUACGAGUAGGAAAGACUAUAGCUGUUAUAAGCGUGGAUUUGAGGAAGAAGAAGACUGGCCAAAUUUUUGCUCAAGGCCGUCAUACCAAGUAUCUUCCGGCUAUUACUAGUAAAAUGUGAAACUCAUUACAGAUUACUGAACAAGAAAUAGGAAAAUUUUCCCAAAAAUAGAAUAAUUAGUUUCACAUUCAGUUUGCAGGUGAUUUAGGUUUUGUGAAAUAAGUUGAUUCAUUGAACAGUAUGAUAUGAAUAUUUGAAAUUAGUUUUCUUAUGUUAAAGAGGACGUAUUAAACCUCCCUUCAACAAUUAAUGGGUUAUGGCCGACAAUUGAGUCAUAACUUUAUUCCAGGGGACUGUUUUGGGUUGGAUAUGAUUCAAAAUUCAAACAAAAAGAAAAUUGAAUCGACGGUAUUAGAUUUGAUUGA